AUGGUGUCUGAGAACCUUCUUUCUUCUUCUAAGAGAUCACCUACUACUAAGUUCUGCAACUCCUUCACUACUCGCAUAUUUUCGGACGUUGCGGGAGACAUAACAAUUGUUGUGGAUGGUGAGUCUUUUCUACUGCAUAAGUUUCCCCUUGUGUCUCGAAGUGGAAAGAUACGGAAAAUGGUUGCAGAUGCAAAGGACUCAAAUAUUUCGAAAUUGAAGCUCUGCAGCUUUCCUGGCGGGCCUCAUACAUUUGAACUUUCCAUGAAAUUCUGUUACGGUAUGAACUUUGAGAUCACAACUGCAAAUGUCGCCCAUCUGCGCUGCGCUGCAGAAUACCUGGAAAUGACUGAAGACUAUCGGGAAGAAAACCUCAUUGCACGCGCGGAGACUUAUCUGAAUGAGAUUGUGGUUCAAAGUCUUGAAAAGUCUGUAGAAGUCCUUUUUACAUGUGAGAUGCUACCUCCCGUAGCAGAGGAGGUGGGAAUUCCAAACAAAUGUAUAGAGGCCAUUGCCAUCAAUGCUUGCAAGGAGCAGUUGGUCUCAGGUUUGUCUCGUUUAGAUUGCGAUAGUGAAUCCACAGAACUUAAGAGUGGCUGUCUAGAGUGGUGGGUUGAGGAUCUCUCAGUAUUGGGGAUUAAUUAUUACCAAAGAGUUAUCUGUGCCAUGGGAAGGGUAGGAGUUCGGCCAGAUAGCAUUGUUGCCUCUAUAAUGCAUUAUGCCCAGACAUCAUUAAAGGGCAUUGGAAAAUGUCAGAUUUGGAAUCCAGCAAGGAUGAAACCAAGUCCUAGUGUGAAGGAAAAUGAUCAGAGCAUUAUUGUGGAAACUCUUGUGAGUCUAAUGCCAACAGAUAAGAGCUCUUCCAUUCCGUUGAAUUUUCUGUUCGGGAUGUUAAGGAUGGCAAUUAUGUUGGAUGCUGCUAUUGCAUGUAGACUUGAGCUUGAGAGGAGAAUUGCUUUUCGGUUGGAAAUGGUUUCGCUAGACGAUCUUCUUAUACCAUCUGUCCGGAUUGGGGAUUCAUUAUUUGAUGUUGAUACUGUCCACCGGAUACUAGUGAAUUUUCUACAGCGUGUUGAAGAAGAAGAAAAUGAAGAUUGUGGAUAUGAAUCUGAAGGCAUCGGAUCUCCAGGCCAUGAUUCGUUAUUGAAAGUUGGAAGGCUUAUUGAUUCAUAUCUAGCAGAAAUUGCUCCUGAUCCAUAUUUGAGUUUGCAGAAAUUCAUUGCCAUGAUUGAGAUACUUCCUGAUUAUGCUCGAGUGAUUGAUGAUGGGCUUUAUCGAGCAAUUGACAUAUAUUUGAAGGCUCAUCCAAUGCUAUCUGAACAUGAGUGUAAGAAGCUCUGCAAGUUGACAGACUGCCAAAAGCUUUCACAAGAAGCGUGCAAUCAUGCUGCACAGAACGAUCGUCUCCCAGUGCAGAUGACAGUUCAAGUUCUCUAUUUUGAGCAGCUUCGUUUGAAGAAUGCCUUGUCUGGAAGCUCAGGAGACGGAUUCCUAUCACAGAGAAUCAGCAGUGGUGUACCCAGUGCAGCAAUGUCGCCUCGAGAUAAUUAUGCUUCUUUGCGGAGGGAAAACCGGGAACUUAAGCUUGAGAUAUCAAGAAUGAGGGUGAGGCUGAGCGAGUUGGAGAAGGAGCAGAGGCACAUGAAACAAGGGAUGAUUGAUAAGUCAGGAAAUGGGAGAACUUUCUUCACCUCACUAUCAAAAGGAAUUGGAAGGAUAGCGAUUUUUAGUGGCCCAGGAGGAGGGAGACGACAAAAAUCUGGUAGAAAGCCUCGCGGAUCAGAGGGGAAAACUGGCAGGAGUCGUAGGCAUUCUGUGUCCUAG